AUGAAAGCCUCUUUGGUUGUCUCUCUUGGGGCUUUUUCUGCCAUUGCUUCUGCACAAGACGCGUUUGAGGCCUCGGACUUUAACGUUGUAGAGGCUCUGGCUGCGAACGGCGUCAACGUCUCCGCCAUUCCUGCCCUGGCUGCACUGAGUGAAAAACGUGCUAUCUCAACCGGAUGCACGGCGGCUUGCGGUGCCCUCAAAACCAUCUUUGGAAACAAGCUUCUCACCAGCGGAUCACCCGCGUACGAUGCAUUCACCAGUGGAUACUGGUCUAUACAAGCAUCUUUGGUGGACCCAGCUUGUGUGUUGAAGCCAUCGAUAGCGCAAGAUGUAUCAAUCUUGGUACUCAUGUCUCGUCUUACUCAAUGUCCCUUUGCCGUAAAGGGCGGUGGACAUACUGCCUUCCCUGGUGCAUCUAACAUUCAAGAUGGCAUCACGGUAAACAUGGAGGACAUGAACGAAACCACACUCUCCAGUGACCAGAAAACCGCAUUCAUAGGGCCAGGAAAUCGAUGGGGGGCGGUAUAUGAAAAGCUUGGUCAACACAGCCUUGCUGUCAUAGGUGGCCGCGCAUCAGAGGUAGGCCUUGGCCUCGUUCUCGGCGGGGGUAUCAGUCACCAAUCCAGUAUCUAUGGAUAUGCUUGCGACAACGUGGCUUCCUUUGAAGUCGUCACUGCAUCAGGUGGUAUCAUCACCGUCACCCCAACCAUCUACCCAGAUCUUUACUGGGCACUUCGUGGAGGUGGGAACAACUUCGGUAUAGUCACCCGAUUUGAGUUGGAGACAAUUUCCCAGGGCUUAAUGUGGGGCGGACUCCAAAUUCACCCAGAGGCUACUUACCCGCUUCUUAUAGAUGCCUUUGCUUCGAUGGCAGAAGACGCCAACAAAGACCCUAAAUCUUCACAGAUUCUUUCAUUUGCUCUGGGAGCUGGCCAAGCGGCCGCACAAAUCCAACUAGAGUACCUCGAGCCUGUAAACAAGCUCAACCCCCCCACUAUCCUCAAAAAGUACCUCAAUAUCACUUCGAUACAUACCGACACCAUGAACAGAACUUUGGCAAAUGACACCUCCCUGAUAACCGAACAGAUGCCCAACGGUCAGCGCUACGCAUUCUGGGCUUCUACCUUCAAACUGGAUCGGGAUCUCAUGAACUGGCUCCAAGAACGCCAUCGACAGGACUUCACCGCCAUGCCCAACAGGGGCUCGCUGACAUUCCAAGCCUUCACUGUACCCGCCAUGCAAAAGAUGAGCAAGAAAGGCGGUAACGCGCUCGGCCUCUCUCCCACGGACGGACCAUUGAUGCACAGCCUCCUUUAUCUGGUCUGGGACGACGCUUCUCAAGACACCAAGAUCCAAAGAGCCGCCCAGAAUUUCUUGAGUGUUGCAAAGGCAGAAGCAAAGAGACGGGGCAAGUACCACGAUUUCAUUUACCUAAACUAUGCUGGGCCGUACCAGAAUGUUAUCCCGAGUUAUGGCAAGGAGAAGCUGGCUAGGCUCAAGGCUGUCUCUAAGAAGUAUGAUCCUGUUGGUGUGUUCCAGAAGCUGCAGCCUGGUGGGUUUAAGCUCGAGGGGGCGCCAUAUGGGGAGAAAAUUUGA